CUAAACGUGUGCGAGCCCUCAGUGAUCAAAAGUAUCCUGGUUAAAGAUUUUCACCUAUUUUCCGACCGCUACCACAUCCGGGACGCCUCCGACCAGAUCGCCAGCAAAACCCUGUUUCACAUGAAUGGCGACGCGUGGCGUAGGGUUAGGGCGAUCACGUCGCCCACGUUCUCGUCGGGCAAAAUGCGCAAAAUGUACCCGCUCAUCAGGGAGGGCCUGGCCGACAUGCUUACCCAGCUGGAUAUCUAUGCUACGAGUGGCAAGGUAUGCGACGUAAAGGACAUGUACGAGAACUACACCAUGGACGUAAUAGCUACCUGUGCGUUUGCCACGAAAACCAACGUGUACAAAUCUCAGGACCUGAAUCCGUUUGUCGUGAACGCCCGGAAAGCCUUCAACGGCAUACAUGUGGCCGACUUUGCGACGCUUAUACCGGCGUUUGUCAAACGGCUACUUAGGGUGACCAUCACCGGUAAGAUUGGAUUUUUCUUUGAAACCACGAGACAUAUAUUGGCCACCAGGAGGGCCCACCCGAGCGACAAGCAUAACGACUUUAUUCAACUGAUGAUGGAGGCCAUGUUGACCGAUAAAGUGACCAGGGACGCACAGGACACUAAUGAGGCGCACUAUGUCAAUGAGGGU